AUGUGCUCGUUGUUGGACUCCAUGAGACGCCUGUUCGUGGCGUACUCCCUGAUAACCUUCGGGUAUAACCCCAAGGGUACGCAUAUUCCCGUUGGAGAAAACCUAUUAACGAACCGCCGGAAUAUCCGCCUGAACCACCAGAUGAGCCCCCGGAAUAUCCCGAUCCGCUGGAUGAACCGCCGAAGUCGAAUGAUCCAGAAGUCCUCGGCGUAUCCUCCAGAACCGCCAGGAGAACCGCUAGAAUACCCACCCGGGGUCACCGAGUAUCCCUCUGAAGCUUCCAAAGGAACCGCCAAAAAACCUGAACCACUAGAUGAGUCGAACCCUCCAUAUGAACCACUAGAAUAUUCUCUUGAACUACCAGAUGACCACUGUUUGUAUCCCGAACCGCCAGACGAACCGCCGGAGUAUCCUCCUGAACCGCCAGACGAACCACCGAAACAACCGCCGGAAUAUCCUCCCGAACCGCUAGAUGAACCGCCGGAGUAUCCUCCUGAACCGCCAGAUGAACCGCCGGAGUACCUCCUGAACCGCCAGACGAACCACCAGAACGAACCGCCGGAGUAUCCUCCUAGACUGCCAGAUGAACCGCCGGAGUAUCCUCCUGAACCGCAGACGAACCACCAGAGUAUCCUCCUGAACCGCCAGAACGAACUCCCAGAAUAUCCUCCUGAUCCACCAGAGUAUCCUCCUGAACCACCUGAUGAAUCGCCAGAGUUCCUCCUGAACCGCCGGAAUAUCCUGAACCCCGGGUAUCUUUCCUGA